UAGCUUCAGAUUAGCAACCCCACAUACUCAUACAUAACGACUCGUUGAUAUCAGCGCACAGGGGAAUCCACGCUGACACAUAUUUUGUCAAUUUGGUUGACAACCUGAAAACUCAAAAGCCUUUAUAUUUGUAGACGACCAAGUUGCGCCUGCGCCGUGAUCCUACGUUUUUCCCCCCCAGUUUGAGGUAACGCUAUGUUUCUUUGCUUGAGAAUCAGCAGCUGCUGCAAAGAGCAGAGACGCAGACAAAGUGCAAUAUCAGAGCGAGUCACACGGACAAGAUAACACGACAGUCCAGGGUUGUGGAUCCUAGUGGGGCUCCAAUCUCAUCUGCUGUCAUUUCUGCCUGCUCUGUGAACGACACGAGCCGUUUUAUGUGGAAGACGCUCUCUCCCGUGGAUGAUGUCCCACAGCCAGGUCCACGCAGUGAGAUGAUCUAUUUUUGUGAUGGCGAAGGGUCUGUUUCCACGGGCCUGGGUGAAAAAGUCUUUCUACUUCCAGGCUCGGAUCUCCUUUGUGCGGGUGAAGUACCUGUUCCUUACAUGGCUGACUGUGCUGGUGGGGAGCUGGGUGCUCUAUGUGCAAUACUCCGCCUACACAGAGCUGUGCAGAGGACACGAGUGCAAGAACGCCAUCUGUGAUAAAUACAGGAAGGGAAUCAUCGAUGGCUCUGCCUGCAGCAGCCUGUGUGACAAAGACACACUCUACAUGAGCAGGUGUCUGUCAACGCUGCCAAAUAACCAGGUGUACACAGGAAGCUGGGGAGACCACGAUGGAAUCAUCCGCUGUAAGCUGGGGGAGGUUGUGCACUACGAGCUGGGCGAGGAGCCGGAGCCACGGAGAGAAGCCCCCGUGUUCGACAAGCCCACCAGAGGAACUUCAGUGGAGAAGUUCAGAGAGAUGGUCUUUAAUCACCUCAAGUCCAAGCUUGGAGAGCAGGCUAACCUCGCCGGCCUCGUCAGCCAGAUCCUCUCUGUCGCCGAUGGCAACAAAGAUGGACGGGUGUCACUGCCAGAAGCCCGCUCGACAUGGGCCCUCCUGCAGAUGGAUGAGGUGCUGCUGGGUCUGCUGCUCCAGGAUCGUGGACACACUCCUCGCCUCCUGGGCUUCUGCGGGGACCUGUACAUGACGGAGCGAGUCCCCUACGGGCCCCUGUAUGGUUUGUCUCUCCCCUGGCCGCUGGUGUCCUGGGUGCCCAGCGGCGUGCAGCGCACUAUAGACCAGUGGUUCACCCCCUCAUGGCCUCGCAAAGCUAAGAUCUCCAUGGGCCUCCUGGAGCUGGUAGAGGACAUCUUCCACGGCACCUACGGCAGCUUUCUCAUCUGCGACCUCGCUGCGGCGCACUUUGGCUACACCGACCGUCAUGAGCUCCGUCUGAUUAACACCCGAACGGUGGUGCCUGAAGACGAGUUCAGACGCACCAUGCGGGUCCUGAAGUGUGAGACGGAUGCUGACUGUGUGUACGGGGUGGACUGCCAGACGUCAUGUGACGUGUCAGAGAAACGCUGCAGGGAGGAUCCAGUUCAGCCAAACUUGGCGAAGGCCUGCAGUGCACUGAAGGACUACCUCCUGCGUGGGGCGCCCUCCGCGCUGAGGGAGGAGCUCGAGAGGCAGUUGUACACGUGCAUGGCUCUCAAGGGUAAUGCUGGACAGAUGAACAUGGAGCACUCACUUAUUCUCAACAACCUGAAAGCUCUGUUGUGGAGACAGAUCUCACACACUAAGGACUCGUGACGAUGAGACGAAGUGCUUCUGAAGUCAGUUCCUCACAUGGAGGAUUGAACAUGCUGUGAUUUGGAAUAGCAAAUAUAAUGAAGUAGUUUUUAUCAACUCUUAACACUUAUGAAUGGUCAGACUGAUGGAGACUCUACCUCCUCUAUCCCACUUUCAGAAGUUUGGGGUCUGGAAAACACGCCCAAGUACUUUGAAAUAUAAGACUAAAAUGAACUGAGUGAUUGCAUGUUGCCAUCAGUCACACAUUAUAUUGUAUUGUUCACCACAGUGGAAUGUUUCGGGGCACUGCUGGAUAAACUGACUCGUAAGCAGAUUUUACUGGUAGUCUCCAGCUGAGACCAAAUUGCUGUUUUUGCCACUAAAUCAGGCAGAUAUGUUUGGCCUAACAAGGGAAACAAGUACUGAAACUCAGUGUUGUUGAAAGUGUAAUGAACUGCAUUAUUUUAAGAUGGGCUCCAUGGUUCUGUUAUGGUAAAGGGGGACAUAUCCUGAACCACUCACUUGUGCACAUACAUCCGGGUAUCUGGAGUGCCUACCAACCCACAAACUGUGAAAUAAGACAAGUCACUUUUUUGUGGGCUGCCUUAGUCAGAAAGCAUUUUGUUUCCACAAACCAGAGUUGGCUCACCUUCUGUGUCUAUUUUUCUCGCAAGCUGAUCAGAGCAGAGGUGGCGUUUCUUUUUGAGGGCGGGUUGGUCUUGAAGAGACAGGCGCUAAAACAGAGUGUUUUAGACUGAGGCUGAAUACAAGUAUAUUUAGAGAGACAGUAUGAGAAAAAUACUGUGGGUUUUUUUUUUUUAAAGCAUGUUAAAAUGUUCUAGUAGAAACCCGGAAUACAAGUAUGAACCUGAAAAGGAGCAUGCUGUCUCCUUUAAGGUUGCUACUGACCAUGACAUAACCAGGGAGUGUACCUAAGAUAAGGUGAUAUUCUAUAUUUCUGUGGGGCACACCCUGUGAAAACACCAAACACAAUUACAUUUGUACUGCGCUGUUUGUUUCACUCAGCCCCAAGACCAUUGGUGCCUACUGAGGGUAUAAAACAGGUCACACAAUUAUACUUUCACUUUUGAAAGAAACAAAUGAACCAUUUGUCUUUGGCUACACGGGCAACACAUACUGAUGAACUGUUGGUUUACUGUAGUUUGCUUUACAAUAAUUAAAAUAUAGAAUAUCACAACACUUCACCUUUAACAAGUAGCCUGCAGAUAAGUGACACAAAGGACAAUGCCUCUUUACAGCAUCUGGAGAAUCUAUUGCAAGUAGCAUUGAGGCUUUUCCUUUAACAGUCACUCAUCUGCACAAUAAGGUGAGGCGGUGCAGCAGCUUCCAAGUGGACAACAUGGUCUGUCAGUCAGUAUUUCGGGGAUCAUCCUGUAACUCAGUGUACUUCACUCUGCUGUUUUUCACCUGUAACACUAGUGACUGUCAAUGCUGAAUCAAUGACUAGGAAUAAUGUAUUUCAUUUGUGAAUGUUAUCUACUUGUAUUUCUCACUGAAGAGCAUUUGUUGUAAUGUGCUGUAUCACAUUGUUGGGGGAUGUUGUCUCAGUGCCAUAGAGAUCAUGCUGGAAUCAUUUAUGAAUGUUUACCACCUGUGAAGGUGGACAUCUGUCAACUCGUCACAUUUGAAUGCUGUAUAAAAUAUUUUUCAUGAUCUCUUCCAGGCAUCGACGUGAAAUUGCUUUGACAUCUCGACUUGUUUAACCACUUAAAUGCAUUUCAGAACGGACAUGACCUGUGAAGCAUGUCAAGCUUGUGGUCAACGCGGCAGUUUGAAUUUUGAAAAUGUAAAAAAAGAAGUUUACUUAUUGAAGAGACCAGCAUGAUUUGCACAAUUAAACUAAAUACCACUUCA